AUGAUCUCAUACUUGUACAUCGAAAACUACCGCGAGGAUAACCACAUCAUUCCCAUGGACAUCGAUGCAGAGCCCACAUCGAGUCAACCCAACAUCGGGCUCAACAAUGCCGACGUGUACAUUGUUGCAGACAAAUACGACAUUCAACCUCUGGAGGCUUUGGCAGCCACCAAAAUAACCAACUGGGCACAAAUCAAUGCCAAGUCUUUAGGAUUUUUUCGACAUGGCACGUCAUAUUCUGCACUCCGUGUCAAGUUCUCUGGCAACGACGAGGUCACGAAUCUCAUGCGUGAGUACGGCGUUUUUGGUCUUACUGUCCUUGAACUGGUCAACAAGUCUCACGUCUUCUCAAGCGAUGAACUCAAGGACAGCCAUGCCCGUGAGAAAUUUUACCUUCAAGUUCAUUUUAAUGGAUUCAAAGAGCAAAUUGAUACCUUGAAUGAGCGUGUCACCAAUCUCCAACGCGAAAAUGCUCAUUUACGGAUUCUCCUCGCAUGA